CGCCCAUUCUACCUGUCCCAAAAGCCAGGAAGAUUUAAAAGUCACCAAUGUGAGUAUUGUAGUGCUGAAACGUCCAAGGCGAAACUUGUGUUACAAACCACUGAAACCAACGAGACUUCCUGACACUUGAGCGAGGAAUUUUGCGCGAAGGGAGCGCGUUCGGCGGAAAAUUGGAUCGGCGUACAAUCCGGAAGUGUUACAGAAACCAGGCAUGGAGGAGCUAACGAUAUGGGAGCAGCAUACAAUAACACUGAACAAAGAUUCCAAAUUGGGCUUUGGCUUUGCCCUAUCUGGAGGCAAGGACAAACCUCAUCUGGACAACGGAGAUACAGCGGUGAUAGUGUCCGACGUGUUGCCCAAUGGACCAGCCAUGGGACGCCUGUUCAACAAAGACCAGAUCGUCAUGGUCAAUGGAGUCUCCAUGGAGAACGUCCACUCCAACUUCACUAUUCAGUCCCUCAAGUCGUGCGGCAAAACCGCUAACAUUACAGUGAAACGUCCUCGCAAAAUCCAGAUCCCUGCUACGACCAGGCCGGCUCGGGCCGCCUCCCACUCCAACCUGUUGGACCAAGACCCACCGAGGAGAACGCGACGCUACUCGGACGCCAGCGACAACAGAGAGGCCAGUCGCUACCACGUGCGGGCGCGCAGCUCUUCACCCGACCGCAAUGGCUACGGAGACACGCUGCCCUUGAUGUCAUCAGGGUACAAGAGACUGCCGCGCCAUGAUGAAAAGCCACUCAGAACAACUCUUGUUAAGAAGAAAAUCUCAGAUGAGUACGGCUUGAAGCUGGGCAGUCAGAUCUUCAUCAAGCACAUGACUGAAACGGGCCUGGCCGCAAAGGAAGGCACCCUGCAGGAGGGUGACCUCAUUCUGAAGAUCAACGGCAUGACCACGGAGAACCUUUCCCUGCUGGAGACCAAGCACCUGGUGGAGAAGAGCCGCGGCAAGCUGACCAUGACUGUGCUCCGUGAUCACCGCAAGUUCCUGGUCAGCAUCCCUGAGGUGGAGGACAGCGCCCCCAACAGCGAAGAUGAGCGGCAGCGGAGGCGACACAGCAGCUCUGAGAUGGAGGACAUUUCCGACUUGGAUGAUCGCUCACCUCACAGAACGUCCCGUCAUCCUCCCAGAGAGAAACGGACGCACAGAGCCAGAGCAGAACUUCCUCCUUCGGUGCUCAAGUCCAGGGAUUCUUCCCCCGUGCGCUCCACUUUGACUCGACCCCCCGCAAGAGGCUACGCAUCACGCCGAGCCCCGUCUGACUCCGAGUCGGACCGCAGUGCCUCGCCGCCUCCCGCCAGGACGGACAGUCUGGACCACUCCAGCAAAUACAAAAGCCUGUCUGGUUUGUCAACCCUACCCAACCCCAGGUCUUCCCCCGCCGUCCACAAGUGGUCGUCGUCCAGGCCAGCCUCAUCAUCCUCGAGACCGCAUAGGCCCGUGUCGGACUCUGACUCUGACCGCAGCGCCUCGCCCCAUAGAGGGAGCCCCCGACCAGACAGCAGAUAUAACCCCAGAGUUCUUCCUGUUGAUCUGUCCCACACUGGCCUGAGCGCUUCCCCCAUCCUGGUGCGACAGGAACCCCCAAGGAGGGUCAACUCUCCCCUGAGAGUCCCACCCCCAGACUCUGAGUCGGAGUCGGAAGGCAGCUCAGCGCCUCCUCAGAGGCGGAGCACCACCUACAGUCAGGAUUCAUACAGCAGCAGCAGAUACAGAGUUUUGCCGGAUGUUUCCUCACAGCCAGAAACGGGGCGGCACAGUGCCUCCGGCAUUCCGGUUGGCGGUGUGCCACACAGAGCACCGUCCGAGUCGGAUUCAGAGGCCAGUUACGAGUCCAUCCCUCGCAGGCACUCGACUGACAGCGCAAAGUCAGACAGAGCCAGAAACAGAUACAGAGUCCUUCCAGAGAUCAAGCCCUCUUCGGUUGAUGUGAAUCCGAAGCCGCCUCGCCGAAUUACUUUGCCUGUCCAACCGCCUUCUGAUGAUUCCUCGGAGUCCGAUGACCUGUCACACCUGCGGAGGUCGGGCAGCUCGGACCGCGGGGGUAGCCGACGCAGUGUUCCAGAUGUUGCUCACAGUAGUGGCACUAUGAGGUCUGGGAUCUCCGUGAGGAACGAUCCACCAGUCAACUCAGCAGCAGCCGUUGCUCCAGCCAAGCCUGCGGAAGAGCCCAUCUACUCCUUACCUCCAGACUCAUACCCGACAUCCCACCCAGGGUACAGCUCCAACUUGCACAAGGUGUCGUUCGUCAAGGAAGACAGCGUGGGCCUGAGGCUGGUUGGCGGCAACGACGUGGGCAUCUUUGUGGGAGGGGUGCAGCCCAACAGCCCAGCCUAUGAGCGGGGGAUGAAAGAGGGUGACCAGAUCUUGAAGGUCAAUAACAUCGACUUUGGCCAUUUCACUCGGGAGGAAGCAGCAAAUUUCCUGCUGAAUAUCAAGAGAGGAGAGAAGGUGGACAUCCGCACUCAGAACAAGAUGGACAUCUAUAAGAAGAUCAUAAAGUCCAAUCUGGGGGACAACUUCUACAUCCGCACACACUACGACCACGAGACCGAUCACCCCAUCGGGCUGAACUUCACGCGAGGAGAGGUGUUCCGGGUGGUGGAUACCAUGCACCGCGGGAAGCUGGGCAACUGGCUGGCCAUUCGCAUGGGCAACGACCUGCACGAAUUGGAUAAAGGCACCAUUCCCAACCAGACCAGGGCAGAGGUGCUUGCCAGCCAAGAGCAGGCGCAGAGAGCAAGCGGGGAGAGGCCGGUGUCUGGGCCCAGGGCUGAGUUCUGGAAACUGCGAGGCCUCAGAGGGAACAAAAAGAAUGAGAAGAACAUGCGACGCUCACGGGACGACCUCAUGCAACUCACCAUUCAGGGCAAAUUCCCAGCCUACGAAAGGGUCCUGCUCAGAGAAGCUAAUUUUAAGCGGCCCAUCGUCAUUCUGGGUCCUCUUAACGAUAUUGCUAUGGAGAAGCUGGCCAGAGAGAUGCCUGAUGAAUAUGAAGUGGCUGAGAUGGUUCCUCGCAGCGGGGGCGGUGACAGCGCCUCAACGGUUAUCAAACUGGACACCGUGAGGAAGAUAGCCGAGAAGGACAAGCACCCUCUGCUGGACAUCACGCCCACUGCUGUGGAGAGGCUCAACUACAUCCAGUACCACCCCAUGGUGAUCUUCUUGGACCCGCACAGUCGCAAGGACGUCAAGGUCAUGAGGCAGCGGUACAGCCCCGACUCCAACAAGAGCUCCAGGCGCCUCUACUCGCAGGCGCUCAAGCUGAGGAAAGACUGCAGCCAUCUUUUCUCAGCGCGUGUUGACCUGCAGCCUGGCUCCAAUAUUUGGUACCAGGUUCUAAAGGACAAGAUUCGCCACCAACAGUCCAAACCAGUCUGGGUUUCUGAAGUCACGUUGGAUAGCGGAGGUGAGCAGGACUUGGACGCACUGGAUCAAACUCAGUCGGACUACCUCAGCGCCGCCAGUGACCUGGAGGACACUGAUGGCGAGCCCUUCACAGACGGCGAGGCCUAUACGGACGAGGACCUGGACGAGGCCUACCCGGGUCAGGACGCAGCCAGGAGCUCCAGGGUCUCCGGGGCCGCCCUGGCUCGCUCGUCCGAGCCCGCCUGGGGCCACCGUAGCCCCGACGAAGAGCGGGACCCCGAGCCUUACGCAGACACGUACUCGCCGAGGAGAGAAAUCCCACCCCUGAUGCACGUGCCGGAACCGUCCAUACUCCGCCGGCAGAGUCGCAGCCCGCCUCUCCAUCACCCGGACGACGAGCCUUUUCAUCGCAGUUUUUCCGACUCUGACUUCAACCACCUCGACGCGGUUGCACCCACCACUCCAUCGGACGGACCCCCGGAUUUUAUCGCCCCCGACCCGUCCACGCGGUACUCUUUCACCGAGCCGUCGUAUGCGGAUGAACACCCGGAGAGCCCCCAGCAAGCCAGUCUGUCUGCUAUUGAAGAUAAAUUACAGCAGGUCCGAAGGGCAGAGCCACAGAAACAAGCGGAGGACAAGAAGGCCCUUCAGUUCAUUGUAGUGGCACAUCACCAAGCAGUUCAGGUCAGACGCACACAGAUACGAGGGGGCAGCAAAAGCUCAGAGGAGGAUGAAGAGGACGAGGCGGAGGACAUCGAAUGGGGUCCAGCGACAGAACUGUAGACAAGCCAUGUGUCCAACAUUCGAGUCCAACGAUCUUAAAAAAAAAAAAAAAAAAAAAAAGACACUCCGAGAGACUUCUCUGUAUUACAUUUCCCCAAUCCAAACUAGUACAGAUUUUAACAUAAAUGCUUGAUUCACUUUAAAAGUACUGCAUGACAAAAUUGAAGUCUACUUACUGCCAUCAGCAGCUCCAUUGUGAAUGUUUUCUUUAAGCUGUAAAUAAAAUGACCAUAGCUGGUCUUCUGGAAACUGUGAAUCCAGGGCUCAGUUAUUUUAAUGGAUUUGUGCGCCAGGAACUGACCAUAAAUAAAACCUUAGAGGGACUGUUAUGUCGUAAAAAAGAGAGAGCUUUAAACCCAUGAAUGCUUCCAAUAUAGCAUGAUAAUAUUGAACAUAGCAUCAAUUCUCAUAAAUUUAGCAUACAUUUGUACUGUGCAGGUGUACCUAAUUAUGUGGCUAGGAAGGGUGUAACUCAUCUCUGUUAAGACUGAAAUUUACAGUGACACAUACUGUAAGUUUUUUUUUUAUUUUUAUUUCAUUAUUUUACCUUGACUUAAAAUUUCUAUCAUGGUUUUUUUUUUUUUUUUUUAAAUAAAUAUAUUUUGUAAUGUUUUUUGAGUGCAUGUGUGAG